CGUUUUACAGUAGCAAGAUCUCCUCUUUCGGCGUGCAACAAAAAAGUUUUCUCAAUCUGCGAUAAAGGUCUCUCGAUAGGAUCAUUGAGCAAUGAAGCUGGGUCCAGCUCGUCAUCGAGCUUUUCAAUCAAAUUUUCUUUUGACUCGGUAACUUUCAUGCUUAACAAUUUAAGUUGCUACAUUACAGGACACUAGUAAUUGUAGUAAAGUAAACUCAAAGUCAAUAGAAGGAAAUCCCUCAAGUUCGAUCGAUUUAAUUUUAAUUUGAUUAAAAUGCAUGAAAAUGAUAUUUGAGGUAAGGUCACAUUAUUAUUUGUUUUCCCUUGGGAAAUUUCAAUGGAAAAUUGAGUGGAUAUUGGAAUGAGCAACUAGUUUUUGCGUGGUUUUUAGUAACGAAGGGCUUAUAUAAAACUUUAAGUUGUUCUGUAAAUGAAAUUAAAAAGAUAGGAAUAGGCAUUUUGGGACAAUUGUACAAUGUGAGUAGGUACCAUUUUCUUGAGAAAACAACCACCAAUUAAAUAUUUUUAUUUAUUUUUGUCCGCAGAAAAAAGUUCUGACCUUGUUCCAUGUUUUGUAGGACAUCAGGUUAAUCCAAUUUGCUCUAAUAACUUAAACUGAUUAAAUCUGAAAAAAAAAUGUACAAUAUUUCAAAUUUUUUACACAAAGAUAUUUCGGCUAUGGUGAACAUUUAAACCAAUAUUUUUAGUGCCAUGACAAACAAAGAUGACGAUGUUGAAGCUGAUAAAGCUAAACCCACUAUAAUAGCUCUUUUUAAUAAUCUCUCAAAAAUGUUAACUUUAGAAGAAAAGAAAUAUUUACUCGCUAUUGAAAGGGGCGAUCUACCCAACGUACGGAGAAUGUUACAAGCCAACCAGAAAAAAACCUUGGACAUUAACUGCGUAGACAGUUUAGGACGUGGUGCCUUAACAAUAGCAAUAGAUCAAGAAAAUUUGGAAAUGGUAGAGCUCCUAGUAGUAAUGGGAGUAGCCACCCAAGAUGCCCUUUUGUAUGCAAUUAGUGUUGAGUUUGUUGAAGCUGUUGAGUUAUUAUUGGAACAUGAAGAGCUCAUACACAAAGAAGGAGAAUUAUAUAGUUGGCAAAAAGUUGAUAUUAACACAGCCCUAUUCACUCCUGAUAUCACUCCUUUAAUACUUGCUGCUCACAGGAACAAUUAUGAAAUUUUAAAGAUACUGUUGGAUAGAGGAGCUACUAUACCAAUGCCACAUGAUAUAAAGUGUGGUUGCGAUGACUGCAUCAUUCAAUCGGAAAAAGACUCGCUAAGGCACUCCUUAUCCAGAUUAAAUGAAUACAAAGCAUUAGCCAGUCCGUCUUUGAUAGCUUUAUCUUCUGGCGAUCCAAUGUUGACAGCUUUUCAACUUUCUUGGGAGCUACGAAAUUUGGCUUUUGCAGAACCGGAAUCCAAAUCAGAAUACAUGGAUUUGAGGCGUCAAUGUCAAAAAUUUGCAGUCGAUUUAUUGCAUCAAUCCAGAAGUUCAACUGAGCUAGCGAUAAUUUUGAAUCACGAUCCGGAUAAUCCUCCAUACAAGGAAGGGGAGCAUAUGAAACUUGCUAGAUUAGAACUGGCAAUUAUGUACAAACAGAAAAAGUUUGUCUCCCAUCCAAAUAUCCAACAAUUACUAGCAGCGCUUUGGUAUGAAGGUGUGCCUGGAUUUAGACGUAAAUCUAAUUUUCAUAAAUUGAUGAUUAUUGUAAAGGUGGCCUUACUUUUCCCAUUAUAUUGCCUUUUAUAUCUUGUUGCUCCAAAUACUAAAACCGGAAAACUUAUGAGGAAACCCUUUAUGAAAUUUUUGAUACACGCUUCAUCAUACCUAUUCUUUUUGUUGCUUCUUAUUUUGGUAUCUCUACGAGCAGAAGAUUUGUUUUUUGAAUACUUCGGAUCGGAAUCAAUGAAAGCUUACGUCUUGGAAAAAUAUCAAAAGCAACGAGGAAAUAGUCCAACGUUUCUAGAAUACGCAGUUUUAUUGUACGUGAUUGGAUUUAUUUUAGAAGAAACUCAAGAGAUGUUCACAGAAGGCAUAAACGAGUAUCUCAGGGAUUUAUGGAAUUUUAUAGAUUUUACUAGAAAUCUUUUUUACGCAUUGACGUUUGUACUGAGAGUGGUGGCUUAUGUACAACAAAAUUCUGAAAUCCAAAAGGAUCCGACCACUGCUUUUCUUCGCAGGGAAGAGUGGAACGCAUUCGAUCCUCAGCUGAUUGCUGAGGGGUUGUUUGCUGCUGCAAAUAUAUUUAGUGCCUUAAAAUUGGUCCAUCUAUUCUCGAUAAAUCCCCAUUUGGGACCACUUCAAAUCUCACUAGGUCGAAUGGUUAUCGAUAUCGUAAAAUUCUUCUUUAUUUAUUCUUUGGUUCUUUUCGCAUUUGCAUGUGGCUUAAACCAGCUUUUGUGGUACUUUUCGGACUUAGAAAAGCAAAAAUGUUACCACUUACCAAACGGUGAGCCGGAUUUUGACAAUGCUGCAGAUUCUUGCAUGAAAUGGAGAAGAUUUGCUAAUGUCUUUGAAUCUUCCCAAUCAUUGUUUUGGGCUUCGUUUGGUAUGGUAGACUUGGACAGCUUUGAACUUGCUGGCAUAAAAACCUAUACCAGAUUUUGGGGCUUGCUAAUGUUUGGUUCUUAUUCCGUUAUCAACGUAAUCGUUUUACUCAAUCUUCUUAUUGCUAUGAUGUCAAAUUCCUAUGCUGAGAUUGAGGAACAUUCAGAUGUAGAAUGGAAAUUUGCCAGAACUAAAUUGUGGCUGAGUUAUUUUGAAGAAUCUGGAACUUUACCGCCACCUUUUAAUAUUUUUCCUAAGCCGAAAGAUUUUUUGAAACUUUUUGGCCUAAGGAAAAAAGAUAAAUGUAGGAGGAUGUCGACUAAGAGACGAAACAGAGAAGAAAAAGAACGAGACUACAGAUACACUGCAGUAAUGAGAGCUUUGAUUUGGAGAUACGUAUCUGCCAUGCACAGAAAAUGUGACGAAAACGAAGUUACUGAAGACGAUAUAAACGAAUUAAAGAGUGACAUUUCGUCGUUCCGUUACGAACUAGUUGAAUUAUUAAGUAAAAAUGGAAUGGAUGUAUCUUCUGCAGAAAAAAAGGAAAAAGCGAUUUUGGGUAAAAGAAUGAAAAUUUGGGAGAGGAGGUUAAUGAAAGAUUUCAAAGUUGUACCAGUGGCUGUAGAAGAAAACGAAGAAUUGUUUUCUCCAGUAGAAGGAGAAACUUCGCUUGCCAGAUUUAGACGUGUUGCAAAAAUGGCAGUACUUAACUCUAGCUUGAACAAAUGGCAGGAAGUUGUAAAAGGUGCUUGCACUGCAUCUCAAAUUGGCCGAUGUCAUACUAGAGACUCAAUAAAAAAGCAGCAAAACUUGCAAAAGGCAAUCACUGAAGCUAAAAGAUUAUCGUCAAAAAGUCCUGUUUCAUUGGUAUUACCUGAUUAUACUGGAGCUGAAAUAUUAAAUUUGGUCAAAAAUGAUCCUCAUAUUACUUCCAAAGUUACCAUAAUUGAACCAGAACAACAUUUUUUGUCACAUGAACCACCUGAUUUAAUUAAUUUACAAAGUCCUACGCAAAAUUCUCCUGUAGCAAUCUUGAAAAAUUCAGAAACAAAUCAAUUGGAGAAUAAACAGGAGACAAUAAUUAAUAUUAAUCCACAACCUAUUAAGAAUUCUCCAAAACUAAGUCCAAUAAUGGAAAAAUCAACUUUGCUACCUGCAGACGAAGUUGAAUCUAACGUGGCUUCAUUGAAGCAAAAAUUUGAAUCAGGAAGUACAAAAGAUAACGAAGGAUUUUCUUCUGACGAUUCUGAGAGCAAUAAAGACAGUUGCGAUGAGUUGGAUAGAAUUUUAUCAGCAGAAACUGUACCAGAAAUUGUGAUUGACGGAAUUGAAGAAGAGAAGAAUAUUGAAAAAAUACCUCCAAGACCUAAAAGUCCUUGGCCAUCUGAGUCACCUCCAAGAGCUGUUACUCCAAUGAGUCAAAGAAAUAUUCAACGGAUCUAUGCGGCUCCUAAAAGUCCCUCCAAAUAUGGAUGGAUUUAAAAAAAAAAAUGCAUUUAUUUAUUUUAAACAAAACAUUAAGUAUAUUAUUGUCAUAAAAGCCUUAGGCCUGCCUUAUAAGAGGUAGAUAGUUUUUUUCAAAUAUAUAUAUUCUAUUAUAAUUCAGAUAUGUCAUUCUUCUUGAAGUCCUCACAUGAAUUUGAUCUGUUGACCAACUUGAAUACCUUAUUGUCAUGUUUUUUGAGAAUUAGUUUCUGAGAUAAAGAUGGUAUAAAAAGAUUUGGGUUGUAGUUUUCAUCUUCUACUUUUAUUCCAUUGAAUUGCCUUACAAUAAUACUAGUCAAGUAUCCUAUUGAAAAUGUUAUUACUAGGCCAAUUACGCCGUUAUACAAAUAGGAUACUCUAUAGAGCCAGGAAUAG